GCGUGUGCGUAUCGUAUAGUAGCAAGCAGCAGCAGUAUAGCAGUAUAGCAGCAGCAGUAUAGCAGCAGGCAGCGUUCAGCUUCCGACUGCAGUCGAGUUCACGACGGGUGACACGCGUAGAUGCGAAAAGCGAACGCCACCGUACGAGCUUGGCAGGCGUUCUUUGAAGACGCCGACACGCGCGUGAGAAGUGUCUAGAACGCGCGCUAGUUCGUGUUUUGCAUGAGAUAUAUAUCAAGAGGCUCGCACCGGAUCAGUCGGUAGCACGUAGCAGCAGCAGUACGGACGCGUUUGUAAGCAGUGCAGCAGUGAACAGAGCUUAUCUAUAUACGCGCUAGGAAUGAACCUCGCAGGCAGCUAGCGCAUAAAGUCAGCAGUGCUGAAGAAAGACCGAGCUUCAGAGAGACUACAGGAGAGACAAUCGUAGACACUACUCGAGAGAGAGAGAGUUCUUUGAGAGUCUCAGAGACCUUCACGAAAGACUAAGUCUUCCCUGCGACACGCGCGUGGAACUUGUGAUCACCCUGAGCGAACAUGCAGUACAGUCCCCAGCCGGGCGCGGUGCCCGUGAGCAUGGCCUCUCUGUAUCACCACCACGCCAGUACGCUGCAGCACGGACACCACACGUCGUUCCUCAUCGACGACAUACUCGGCAACCAUCAGCUGUCGUCGUCGCCGGCGCGGCCGACGCCCAUCAACGCGGCGGUGACGCCGACGACGAUAGCUGCGCACGUGCACGGACUCGCCGGCGCGAUCGCUCCCGGUUACAAACCGGCGUACUUUGAGCACACGACACCGGCGGGCCUGAACCCUGCCGCCUACCCGCACCCGGCCUUCUACCCCGGGCCAGGACUUCCCUACACACUCGGUCACUAUCCACGACCGGGUGAGUUCCCGCCGCAUCCACUGUUAGAGAGACACCCGGCAUUCGCUAAAGUUGGAGCGAAGCCGAUCCUGUGGAGUCCCUUCUUCCAGCGACCGCUGCACAAGCGUAAGGGCGGACAGGUGAGAUUCUCUAACGACCAGACCCUGGAGCUGGAGAAGAAAUUCGAAGCGCAGAAGUACCUCUCUCCGCCCGAACGCAAGCGUCUCGCCAAGUUGCUGCAGCUAACAGAACGCCAGGUUAAGACAUGGUUCCAAAACAGACGAGCAAAAUGGCGUCGCUUGAAACAGGAGAUGCCAAUGUCGGAAGGCGGCAAGGAAAAUCAAGAAAACGAAGAUGUCCAUUCGCCGAGCUCGGGUCACGCCAGCGAAGGUAGCCGAUGCAGCUCGCCGGAAAAUGCCGAAGCGUCAUCGGCGAUAGAGGAAGAGAUCGACGUAGGCGAUAACGAAGAAGUAGUUCCGGUGGUAAUCAGUGCGCAUGCGCCACGCACGGUCGCGGAAUCCUCACUUGGACACGUGACCACGUAAAAGCUGUGAUGACACGGCGAACGGUUUCCGAUGUUACAAAUGUAUCAGAGCAAAUAAUUAUAUAUAUAUAUAUAUAUAUAUAUAUAUAUAUAUGUGCGCGCGUGUGUGUAUAUAUAUAUACGUGAGUCUGAGAUAAUCCUGCAGCUGUUACGACUGUAAAGAUGUUUAAAUCUACAGCGAUGCUAGAUCUGUCAUUAUAGGACGUCAUGAAAUAUUCCACUAUCAUAAUGUAUUUAAACAAAGCACAAAGUUGGGAGAUAAUAGUCACUCCCUACACGGAACUGUGCACAGAGCAUGAGCAUGAUGACUGUAUCGUACAUGUGUCCCAUGAAUUGUGGUCAACCACUGCUGGAAUCACGUGCUAAACUUUGUUGGAUCGCUACUGCAGGAUUAUGUGCUGUCGUAUGCGUGCAUGCAUCAGAGUUUUUUCUCCCUCACGUUGUCACUCUCUUCCUCUCUCUCCCCUCUCUAACUCUAUCUCUCCCUUACUCUCUCCCUCCCCUGUCUAACUAUCUCUUCUCUCCCUCUCUCCUCUCCUAUAGUUAACUCGCAGUAUAAGCUGGCCUUAUUCGCAGUACGAUAUCGUCGCACAGUUUGCUUGCGUAGUUACUGCUGAUGCUAUGUAAGAUAUUACCUUCAAGGCUACCUGUAGGCUUUUGUUAGCAAUUGCUGCUGCUUCUUCUGUAACUAGUUAUUGCGCCUUGUAGGCGUGAGUUUUGGUACACGAUUAUCCGCACAAGCAAAAUUGUAAAUUUAAUGCUCAAGCCCGAGAUUCUGGAGGUUUUACCGAUCUAUGGGAGUAUUCCAACUGAAGCGAAACUUACAGGAACGCUAUUCACACCGAGAAUUAUGAAUAUUUUCCGAAUACAACAUUAAAUAUAUUUUCCGCCGCGAACUGUACACGGGUACCGUUCUGUGAAAAAUCCGUGUUAUCGUCUUUUAAUCUAAAUGAACGAAGAACUUUCUCAACUGUUCACUUGCUCGGUGCUUUUGCACUAGCACGCAGUUUAGGCGUAAUACCAUUGCUGUGGCAUGUGUCCGCCCACACUUACCCGCGCAUAAAUUAAAGAAUCUUGCUCUUGACUCAUAUCACAUAUAUAUACACAUAUAUAUAUAUAUAUAUAUAUAUAUCAAGAGCAUUCCAAGCGAGCGCGGUGUCGGGAUGCUGUUGAUCGUAACCGCAUAGCAUGGAAUUAUCGACAGAUAAUGUUCUGCUGAUAUUCGUCGUCGCGCGCAAGCAUGGCUGAACGAUCGAUCUCGCAUCGCUAUGUUACGGCAAACUUUGCUUGUGUGUGGUGUGGCCGCGAAGGUAGCGUGCAUAUAGGCACAGCCUUGCGGCAAUGCGCCCGCGGCCUAAUCCGUUUUCUCUCAUAGCUAUAUGCAAAGCAAACCCGUUCACUGUGAGCGUGUGUAUAUGAAAUGACCGUUAUGAUAAUAUAUUACGCCUUCUGUACAAAUGAGUUGUGAAACAUGUACAUAAUAUUUGCGCAAUUAAAUAUGCUUUGUAGUUAAUGUGUGCUGCGUUAUUACACGAAGGAAAAAACACAUAUGUGUAUAAUGAUUGCAAGAAAGUGUAGAGACUCACCAACGGGAAAGCUUGAGUAUGUGUGGUGUGCAUUACAAUGUGAUGCUGCACAACACAUCGCUUUACGUUUUAUCGUUAUUCUCUGAGGAAAAUAACAAAAUAUUGUACUAUACCUUAAAGAUGAUUAAACGAUCAAUUUUUCUCACAAAAA